UCGAAAGGAAAGGCGCAAAAUAAAGUGAUUAGCGGCGUUCAAGAAGAUAAAAUGCCAGCAGGUUACGAUCCGAAGGCAGCGGAUGAUGAUGAAGCCGUAGAAGCAGAAGCUACAGCACGUAUGUACGGCAAACCUUUGAAAGAACCCAUUCUUGGUAAAUACUUUGAAUUGCCCGGCAAGAGUGCUACCGAACAGCGUAUCGAUUUGGAUACAUCACUUUCGUAUAUACCGGUUUUUACACAUUUGAAAAUACACGAAGCCGAUGAUAUUGAAAGGCCACCCACACCACCCACAAUACGUCGCAUAGGCAAUGAAGACUAUAUGGAGUUUUAUAAUCCGAAAAAGAAGUGGGGACCAGGACAGAAAAAACCAAAAGAGUUUAAAUAAUGGAUAAAGACAAAAAUUAGAAGAAAGAAAUGGCAGCAAAUAAUCGCACAGGUGUUCCGGAAAAUUUGCAAA